UUUUAAUAAUAAAUUGAAUGGGUAAUCAAUAGCAAAUGUUGAAGUUGACAAAGACUAAAUAGUUUAAACGUAAAUUGCAAUUGAUAAAAUAAAAAUAGCAAACUCUGUAAUAGUGAUAACAGGAGCAUCAAGUGGAAUAGGUCGUGAAUUAGCAUUACAAUAUGCAACAAGAGGAGUCAAGUAUUAAUAUAAUAGAUUGAUUUAGAUUGAUGUUAGCUGCAAGAUCAGAAGAAGAGUUAAAGGAAGUUUGUGAAUUAUGCGAAUAACUGGGAUCAAGAGCUUAUUAUAAGAUCACAGAUGUAUCUAAAGAAGAGGACUGCAAGUAUUGAAUAAUUUAAAUUUGAGAGAUAGUUGAUAGAUGAGACAGUGAAAAUAUUCAAUAGAAUAGAUAUAUUAGUGUUGAAUGCAGGAGUAAAUGCUCAUUCAUUUUUUGAAGAAUUUAAAGAUUUAUCUGUUUUUAAGAAAAUUAUGGAUAUAAAUUUCUAUGGCUAUGUUUAUUGUACUAAGUAAUAAAACGAAAUAAAUAUAUAGAUAUGCAUUGCCACAUAUAAGAAAGAGUUCAGGUUAAUUUGUUGUGAUGUCUUCAAUAUCAGGUGAGAUUGGAUUACCUUAUAGAGUACCAUAUUGCAGUUCAAAAUUUGCAGUUACAGGAUUUUUUGAAGCACUUCGAACAGAAUUGGAGGAUUUCAAUGUUGCAAUAACAAUAGUAUGUCCUCCAAGUGUACGUACACCUAUGAGAGAUCAUGAUUUAUUAAAGAAACAUUCUCCAAAAGAUGAAAGUGAAGAUAGAAUAUCAAUAUCAGAAUGUGUUUCAAUGAUUUUAGAUGCAGCAGAUAGAAGAGCUCGUAAAGUAUAAAUAGAAUUAGAAAUUAGAUCUUCUUCCCAUUCAAAGCAUAUUUGAGUGUUUAUGUAAGACCAAUAUUUCCAGAUUUUGUGGAUAAGAGAUUAAAAUAGAAGGCUAAGUUGUGAGAAUAAAAAC